AUGCUUCAAGAGUACUUGAGAAAUCAAGAAGAGAGUACAAAGAAGAUGGAGAGAAGAAUCGAUUUCAUCCAUGAGAGCCUUGGAAACAAAUCUGAAGUCCUAUUCAAGCAAGUGAUCAAGCUUGAUGAAGACAUUAAGAAGUUAAGAGAGGAUCAUGAUCGAUCUUUGACCCUAGUUAAGCUUGAUGUUGCUUCCAAAUAUCAAGAGUUGCUGAACAAGAGCAUGAGAAUUGAAGAUACUAGCUAUGGCAAUAGCAAACAUCUUGGAUCAAUCUACAACCGCCUACAAGCCCUUGAAGGAUCAUCUCAUGCCAAUUACAAGAGAGAGAGGAGUCCAACACCCAACCACCCUCCCUUUUAUUGCAAUGCCAUCACAAGAAGAAGCACUACUCAAGUCCAUGAGGACAAUGAAGAAGAAGAAAGAGAGUAUGAGGAACAAUUGAAUGAUGAAGAUGAAGAGCAGAGCAUCGACAUCAAUGCUUCCCCAAAACAGAGCAUGGAUACACCAAGCCCUAGAGACCCUCGUUUCUCACCAAGAAGUCAAGCUUCUACACUUCCAAGACUGGAAGCAAUGCAAAGACCAUCACCACCUACUGAAGAAGAACAUACUUGGCAAUAUGAUCCCAUUGAUCCCAACAAGAUAAGCCCCAUGAAGCUUAA